UCUUCAAAAGAUACCUGUCAUAAUUUCAUGUCAUUUUGAUGUUUAGUCACGAGUAACAGUGAAUUCUCAAAACAAUCGAUUCGAAUCAAUUUCGUGUGUUGAUUUAUCAUUGAUUUUUUAUUUCAAAAAACACGGUGCAAACUGUGUACAUUACUAGCGUGUAAGACCAGUGUCGUAUGUACUGGACCGCCAACCCGGGGCAACUAAUCGUAGCAACCAACGAAAUUCAACGGGACAUUUCUGUCACAAGUUUGGUUUGCCAUAUCAGUCAGGAUUUGCGUUUUAUCGCUUUCGAUAGAAACAACUUUUAGUUAGGUUCGACGAUCCAACGUGUUAACGAAAUACCAAAUUAAUCGGAAAAUUACGUGAAUAAUCAAAGAAAAUUUCAAGCACAACGAAAUGUCAACCACCGCUGAAGCGAACAGGACUCUACCCGGGGAAGGACGACCACUGCCAUUACGUAGAUCAUCACGAUUGGCGCUCCGACAGAGUUUGACACACCAAAUACCUGACGCGCAAGCUCUGAAAGCCCGUGGUUAUCUUCUCGGUCGUCGAAUGGCCAAAGGAACGUUUGCGACGGUUGUUCGUGCCAAAUAUUAUGAACCAACAACCGGCGAUGGACCACAAAAACCAAUGCAUUUGGCAUGCAAAGUCGUUGAUGAAGGCAAAUCCAAAGAUGUUGACUUUCUGACGAAAUUCCUUCCCCGUGAACUGCAGAUUCUAGGUAAAAUCGAACACCCUAACAUAAUACAAACGCACAGCAUUAUGCGAAGAGGUCGCCGGGUAUUUAUCUUCAUGCGACUCGCGGAACGAGGAGAUCUGCUGAGUUUCAUACGAAAACAUGGUGGACUGGUGGAGGGCCAGGCUAGAUAUUGGUUCUAUCAAAUGGUUGAUGCUAUAAAUUAUCUGCAUCAAAUGGACAUUGCUCAUCGGGAUCUUAAGUGCGAAAAUAUUCUCAUUUCAAAAAACAUGAACAUCAAACUGUCGGACUUUGGAUUCGCACGAAACUGCAUAGAUGAAACCGGUGGUAGUAUCUUUUCGAAAACGUUUUGCGGAUCCGCUGCCUACGCAGCACCGGAAAUUGUUGGCGGAAAACCUUACCAGCCUAAAGCGGCAGAUCUGUGGUCACUCGGGGUGGUGCUGUUCAUCAUGCUGAACGGCAUAAUGCCGUUCGAUGAGAAGAACCUUAAGAAACUGGUACGAUGCCAGCUCGGACGUCAGUUUCAAUUUUUACCGGAAGUAGAGAAAGUAAUUUCGCUCGAUGCCAUUCGCAUGGUGCGCAAUCUUCUGGAUCCGGACCCGGUCGAUCGUAUCAAUAUCAACGAGGUGAUGAGAGAACGGUGGGAAGUGAAAGUUGUUGCUAAUAAAAAUCUGUAGAAAUAAGGUUAAUUG